GGGCACACAUGGUGCGUGCUGCUGGAAGCGGCGCGCGGUAGGAGGACGAGCCACGCACCCGCAUCACCGAGGAGGAGGAAGGUGGCGCGGUGGCAUCGCCUGCAGGAAUCCAGUUGUAAAGUCCGCACGCGAGGCAAAAUGCGCUGAGGGGAAACUGCGCGGAGCUCGGCUGUUCACCAGAGAGAUUACCCGACGGCACGGACACAUCUGAAGACGCAAAACACGCUCCGGACAAGUUGUGAUUUCACAGGAAAUCCGACUGGAAAUGAAUACCAACGAUGCCAAGGAGUACCUCGCGCGGCGGGAGAUACCUCAACUAUUUGAGAGCCUGCUGACAGGUUUGAUGUACUACCGGCCCGACGACCCCAUCGACUACUUGGAGGGCUGUCUGAAGAAAGCCAGGGAGCUCGGAGGGCCAGACAAGGUGCGGUGGGAUACCUUUGUAGGCCAGGAGAAGAAGUCACUUCCCCCUCUCAACGGUGGCCAGUCACGCAGGUCCCUCUUCAGAAAUGUGUUGCCCGACAGUCCCAAUUUCCCCUACAGACGUUAUGACCGUCUCCCCCCCAUCAGCCAGUUUUCCAUCGAGAGCGACUCAGACUUGUCGGAGACGGCGGAGCUCAUCGAGGAGUACGAGGUGUUUGAUCCAUCCAGACCGCGACCCAAAGUCAUCCUCGUUAUCGGUGGCCCUGGCAGCGGCAAAGGAACACAGAGCCUGAAGAUUGCAGAGCGCUACGGCUUCCAGUACGUGUCCGUGGGCGAGCUGUUGAGGAAGAAGAUGAUCCACAACGCCACAAGCAACAGAAAGUGGAGCCUGAUUGCUAAAAUCAUCACCAACGGAGAGCUGGCACCACAGGAGACAACAAUAACUGAGAUCAAGCAGAAGAUCAUGAAGAUCCCAGACGCCGAUGGGAUCGUCAUAGAUGGGUUUCCUCGAGACGUCGGACAGGCUUUGUCCUUUGAGGACCAGAUCUGCACUCCUGACCUGGUCAUGUUCCUGGCCUGCACCAACCACCGUUUGAAGGAGAGGCUGCAGAAACGAGCCGAGCAGCAGGGACGACCGGACGACAACCCCAAAGCCAUCGACCGCCGCCUGACCAAUUUCAAACAAAACACCAUUCCUCUGGUCAAAUACUUCCAGGAGAGGGGCCUUAUUGUUACGUUGGAUGCCGACCGAGACGAGGAGGAGGUCUUCUGUGACAUCAGCAUGACUUUGGACAACAAGCUGUUUCCCUCCAGAGAGCCCGCAGCCGGUCCCAGUGAAUUGGAUCUCAGUCUACUGGGUGAAACCAGCAGCCUGGCAGACGCUGCUUGCAAGUACGAUGAGGUCCUGGAGGAGGAGGAAAUCGGGUACGCUGAAGGAAGCACAGAGAGUUAUUGUACAGAACAGAAGAAACCAAAGGUCAUCUUCAUGAUGGGUGGUCCAGGCUCAGGCAAAUCUCUCCAGAGUGAGCGGCUGGAGGAGCGGUUCGGCCUGCGCUGCGUCGCUCUGGGUGACCUGCUGUGUAACGAGCUGCAGUCUCACAGCGACAGAGGGCGCCACCUGCGGGACGUCCUGGAGAGAGGAGAGCAGCUGCCCGAGGACACUCUGCUGGAGCUGCUGUGUGAGGCGGUGGCGACGGCGGUACGACAGGGGAAAGGUCUCGUGAUCAGCGGCUUCCCCAGAGACCUGAGACAGGCUGAGGAGUACGAGGCCAAGAUGGGCGAACCCACCGCAGUGCUGCUGCUGAGCUGCUCGGCCGACACCAUGUCCAGUCGUCUGCAGUGUCGUGGCAGAUCCACCUCCACCUCCAGCCUCCAGCCCGCCUCAGACAGAGACGGCGUCCUGCACAGGAGUGCCGAGAGCUUCUGCAGCGACAGCCAGGCGGUGGCGGCUCAUUAUGAACGCAAGAAUCUUCUGCACACGGUGGACGCCGAGAUGUCGCCGGACGAAGUGUUUGCCCAGAUCUGCCAGGUGAUGGAGACCUUCUGAUUUCUACAAUUUUUCCUCUAAACACCACCAACACCGCCGCCAACCAACCCCCACCGAACUCCAGGAGGUCCACCUGUGAAGACCUUCCUUCUCUCUGGAGACCCACAUGACUUCACACCUGCACCUGACAUUUGCUCAUCGAACUGUGUGGUUUGCAUGCCCCCGAACACUCCCAGCAAUCAGUGAAACCUUCUGCUUUUGACACUGAUGAAGCGCCUGGUCGUCACACUCUGCUUCACCCACUUGCAUUGUCUCUCUCUUGCAUUGACCUCAAUAUAUGCUGCCAACUGCCGGACUGAGGCAGAUAACUGUACUGAGAAAAUAGCAUUCCCUGCUGUGACUGAGAGCAUGUUUUUAGUUGAAGGAGCUGAGAAAGGGUUCCCGCCAUGCCAGAAAGUGGAAAAAUCCUUUGUGUGUUCAUGCUCUCAUGCACAGCAACAUGCUUUAUAUCGUAACAAGCAUGCAAGAAUUACAAUCAAGCUUAAAACUGCCUUUUGUGCAUUGAAAUAAAGAGCAGAAAAGAGUUAAAGAGUAUUAAAGAUUAUCGCAUUUGUAUGUUUCCGAGCUCAUCGUACAGGUGCUUGUUUGAGUCUGGUAUUUAACAUUCAAUAAAGCCAGUGCAUUUGCUAAAUGGA